AUGUCGUUCCGCGGAGGACAGCUUACGCCGGCUCCGUCCAACCGUGGUGGGCCAGAAGCUCGAAGCGUACCGAGCGUCAAUGGAACGCCUCCCGUUCCCGAAUACGAUCCGGGCGUUAUCCCGUUCCCGCUACGCCUCACCCACCAUCAAUCCAAGGUGGAUGGGAGCGGUCGCUGGCCGACCGCACGUUCGGUCCGAUCGGAUGAGACAAGUAACACCAUCGAGGACCAAGCCCUACUAGCCAGCCCCAGGAAUGUGACCCCGCCAAUCAUGUUCAACAUGGUUGGUGGCCGGCUCGCUGGCUCUGGAGGCAACCAGGUCCCUCAGAACGUCUACCCCCGAUUCGACCGGGUCUUCCCGCGCCUCCCGUGGCUCACCGGAGCCCAACCCAGACCUUCCGCGGCCACUCAGCACGACCGUCAAUCGGACGAUAGCUACGUCCCGAUGGGCCGCUGGCCUACAUGGUACACUAGAAGCAUCUUACAUCCCUCCGUCUGGUCGCGCCAGCUCGAGGUUACUGGCAUCUCGGCCAAUUACGGAGGCAACAUCUUCCUAGAGUCCAACCAGUCGGCCAACAUCCCGGAGGAGUCGUCAACCUCCCUCUGGUUGACUAACCUUCCCCCCGACUGCACACACCAGCUGCUACUGGGCACCAUCCGGGGCUGCGGCAAGAUCUACGCCGCCGUCAUCAACCCGCCGGUCUACGCCAAGGACGACUACGUCCGCGGCGGGGGGGCUAGCGGUGCUCAGCACUCGACGGCCGCGUCCAAGCUGGUAUUCUUCGACCGCGCCGGGCUCGACAAGCUGAUGGCCAAGUCGCAAGCGGGCGAGUUCUCGGUCGGCGGGUACGUGCCGCGGCUGAGGAUGAACCGCAUCAAGUCGGCGCCGCGGCCAGCGGGCCCGCAGUGCCGGGUGCUGCACAUCGAGGGGCCGAGCAGCGUGGUGAACGAACGGUACCUGGGCCAGUUCUUCCAGAGCAAGUUCAAGUACGAGCUGGAGGGGGUGCUGACGCUGGGCCAGCACGGCGCGCGCACGCGCCAGGAGUGGCGCUUCGGCAGCUACCGCUGCCAGGCCGAGAGCGCGCGCCAGGCCAUCAACCGCGAGAAGCUGCGCUACAACAUGAGCGACGAGGACCGCCGCGUCUGGAGCCAGGUCUCCGUGCACUUCGGCGUCGACCCGUGUGCCCGGGACUAG